AUGCACGUAUCUGGUCCUCUCACGGUCGCAGCUCUUGCUGCCGGCGGCUUGGCCUUCCCCACGCUCGGUCUUGGCCAAGAGAAGAGGUCCUUUGCGGCGACCAGUGUCUUCGAAUCGGUCCCUGCACCGCCCAGUGGAUGGGUCAGGGAGAAUGUCGCUGCUUUCAGCAAGGACGAGGCGACGGCGGAGUUGAGAAUCCAGCUGGUGCACCAGAAUAUGGACAAGUUCCAUGAGCUGGCUACUAACAUCGCUACUCCUAGCCAUGAGCUCUACGGGCAACAUGUAUCUCAAGAUGUGAUUGACGCCAUGAUAGCCCCCAGGGACGAGUCGAAAUCCCUGGUUUUCGAGUGGCUCCGCCAACAGGGUCUUGACCAGGACGCUGUUCUUUCACCCCGCGGAAAUACGGUCGUCGUGAAGGCAAGCGUGCGCCAAGCUGAGAAGCUACUGGGUGCUCAGUAUGAUGUUUACAACAAUGCGGAACUGGGUCAGCAGGUCAUCCGUACACUCGAGUACAGAAUUCCCGACACCCUCAAGCAGCAUGUCAGCAUGGUUCAGCCCACGACCUUCUUCGGUCUUCGAUCCAGCGUCAGCAAGGUUUCCCCCGUUACUGAGUCGGAGAGUGCAAUCCAUAUCAAUGCUGCUGACGCAGUUGCUGGCUGCUCCAACGGCGUGACUCCCGAGUGUCUUUCUAAUCUCUACAACUUUGCCUCUUCCAAGUCUACUGCGCAGAGCAACGGCAAGUUGGGAAUCGCGGGAUUCCUCGAACAGUGGCCGAGCACAUCAGAUCUCUCAACAUUCUUGAGCAGGUUUGCCAUCUCAUCGAACACGGAUCAGAGCUACACCUGUGAUCUCAUCAACGGAGGCAAAUGCCCUGCCAAUCCAGGCAACUCUGUUGGGGUUGAGGCCAAUCUCGAUGUCCAGUACGCUCGUGCUAUCACGAACGCGAUCCCCAAUGUCUAUUAUAGUGUUGGCGGCCGACCACCUAUUGUAGGCAGUGGUUCAAACACCAACGAGCCCUAUCUCGAAUUCCUGGAAUAUCUGCUAGGCCUCGACGACAAGGACCUGCCGAACACCGUUUCCAUUUCCUACGGUGACGAUGAAAGCAGUGUCCCUCUGAGCUACGCCGACAAUGUAUGCAACCUCUUCUCCCAGGUUGGUGCCCGUGGUGUUUCGAUACUGGUCGCUUCUGGAGACUCGUCGGUUGGAACGACCUGCAAACUCAACGGCAAGACUCAGUUUACAACUGCAUUCCCCGCUGCAUGCCCCUGGGUUACCACCGUUGGAGGUACACAAGGCAGCGCUCCAGAGCAAGCUUGGACUAGUGGUGGAGCUGGUUUCUCGGAGGUCUUUGGUCAGCCAAGUUACCAAGCAGCCGCUGUCAAAGCAUGGAUUGCCAACAACAAGGAUGGCGUAUCUCAGUACUACAACGCCUCAGGCCGUGCCUACCCUGACGUCGCCGCUCUUGCCAGUAAUUUCCGCAUUGUGGAGUCUGGUUCAACAACGGCUGUCUCUGGGACUAGUUGUGCUUCUCCAUCUUUUGCAGGUGUUAUCCAAUUGCUGAACAGCGCACGACUAGCCGCUGGAAAACCCGGUCUUGGUUUCUUGAACCCUUGGCUGUACGGAAACGCCAGCUCGGGCUUCAACGAUAUCGCCACCGGGAAAACCACCGGUUGCCGUAAUGCCAUAUCUGGUGGCGCUGGUUUCUCUGCCAUCUCAGGAUGGGAUCCUGCUACUGGCUUGGGAUCUCCCAACUAUGCCAAGCUCUUGGCAAUUUCAAAUUCUACAUAG